AUCAUAGGGUAAAUAAAGAGCAAUUGUUUCUAGUGAGGGGAAAUCAGGAGGGGGUAUGUAACUGGUUGACUGUCAGGGAAGGGAAAGGAGGUAGGCAAACGGUACAGAGUACCCCUGCGGCUGUUCCUUCAACAACAGCUAUACCUCUUUGGAUAUUGCUGGGGGUUGGCUGACUGGGAGAAUUCUGCAGCAACCAGGUCUCUGGCACUGCGUCUCGCUCUGUGGCUCAGAAGCAAAGGAGGGAGAAGAGAAGCGAGAUGGUGAUGGCAAUACAGAAAGAGGUAGGAGAUUGUGAGUCUCGUGGAUGGUAUGUUACCUCCCUGGUACCAGGGUCAGGGGUGUCUCAGAUUGGGUCCAAUCAUUCUUAAGGGUGGGGGGUGAGCAGCCAGAAGUUGUGGUUAAUAUUGGCACCAAUGAUAUAGGUCAGAAAAACGAGCUCGGUAGAAUGCUGAAAAGCCGAGCCACAAGGGUAGUAAUUUCUGGAAAACUGUCUGUGCUGAGCACCAUGGAGGAUUAAAAUAGGAGGAUAUAGCAGAAAGCUUGCUUUAUGUUCUGGUGAAGGGGAUGUGGGUGGUAAUUUGUCACCUAGGGGGUCCCUGUGUGGCUGUAAAGUCCACACAGUUAGUUCACAAGGUCAGGAUUGAAGGUAGGUCACAAGGGCUGUUAUGCAGUGGCUCUACUGGCUGCAUUGGAACUCAAUUUACACAUGAAAUCAAAGGCUUUCACUGACAGUGAUGGGAUUGCUGGAACCCAGACCUCUCAGUAAAACUCUAGCUGCAUCAUAAUUCCCUUUAACCAUUAUGGAAUUAGUGAUUCUUCUUACUACAGAAUCCAAAGCUUUCAAAUCUCCUCAUCUGUGCUUUAUGUGACAGUCCGGUUCUUGUUCCACGUCUGAUCAAACUUCCCACACUAAAUCUCAGCUUUUGUUUCAAUCUCAGGAGCAUGUUGCAAAGGUCCACAGUUCCCAGUGAGGAUUCUGCAUCGCUGGAAUUGUCAUGUCUGUAUACUCUUUAUUUCAGAGCAACCUGGACCCCACAAUGGAGGAAAUUGAAGACACCCUCCAAGGUUGCAGGAAUAAGAGGAACAGAUCUUGUGCAAGAAUCGUGCGACAGCAUAAUCUGUCAUCCAGUCUUGAAAGUCAUUGAGCAUAAUGGUUAUAAAGAAAUAGAGCUCCCAAGUCUUAAUUGGCUUCAUACAUUUGUUAAUGGAACGGAUAUGGAGACUGCAAUAAAAUUGGGCCUGGAGAGAUUUUUCAAUUAUGCACGCUUUCAUAAUGAUGCUGGUACAAUAGUUCCCAUCUCUGCACCUUGGGCAAUUAGAGCCCCAUUUGAAGAUGGUAUUAUAAAACCUCAAUUUUCGGUCUUCGUUUCAUUGCCACUUGAAAUCCAAACUCCACCUCUCCCAAAAGAUCCGUCAGUUCAAGUAAUCAAUACUCCUCUAUUAAACACUUAUGAGAGUUACUUUGUGACUGAGAAGGAAAAUGAAGACUAUGGAAGACUUGCUAAUGAACUCAAGGAGAAACUGGAAAACGACCACCGUUCUUUUGACCACAGUAGUAUUUUCAUUACUUGGUUCAACAAAGCUGGACACGUGAAACUGACUUUUCUCAAGAAAUGAAACAGAAUUGUUCUCUCAGAGGCUCUAAUACUUAUAGAUUUCAAACAGUGAGAUGUGCUCAACUCUGUUAUCACCUUUAGUAGUUUCCUUCCUGGAAUAACAUGCAUUUCGGUGGCAUAAUGAAGUAAAAUAUCUCAGAGUGAUUUAUACACAUUAGAUUUAAUUCUGCAUGUCUGCCAUUUUGGGGCUUUCAACAAGCCUUGUGCGCUCUCAUGGCAAUUGUCAGUUCCUACAUCCCACACAGAUGCCUGCAAGUACAGGGAACUCACACUUCACUCACAAUUAACUAGCUGAAACAUAUAAACAUAGAAAAUCUACCACACAAUACAGGCCCUUUGGCCCACAAAGCUAUGCCGGACAUGUCCUGACUUUAGAAAUUACCUAGGGAUACCCAUAGCCCUCUAUUUUUCUAAGCUCCAUGUACCAAUCCAGGAGUCUCUUAAAAGACCCUUUUGUAUCCGCCUCCACCACUGUUGCUGGCAGCCCAUUCCACGCACUCACCACCCUCUGCAUAAAAAAACUUACCCCUGUCAUCUCCUCGGUACUGACUUCCAAGCACCUUAAAACUGUGCCCUCUUGUGUUAGCCAUUUCAGCCCUGGGAAAAAGCCUCUGACUAUCCACAUGAUCAAUGCCUCUCAUCAUCAAACCAAGUGUCCAAGGUGAGGCUUUCUUUCCCUUUCAUUCAUUGUAUUUUGCAUUCACUGCAAAUUACAACUAAUCAUUCUGAUGAAUAAUUCAGUCAUUCUAACGAAUUAUUCCCACCGAAGGUCCCUACUGAUUGUCUAGUGCCCAAUAGUCCUGGUAGUGGAGCUGUGUCUCCAUGUCACUCCCUGGAUGAAAUAUGUUGGGGAAUCACAUGGUCUUCCACCCUCACCUUAACCACACAUUCGGCUUUGAUACUGACAGAUCCAAAUGUUCUAGAUAGAGGAGGCUGCCGGUCUAUUUAAUAUUGUUAAUAAUUAACUGCCCUCUGAAUUCCAAGUAAUUUCCUAGUAUCCAGGGACCUAUCAGUUGUGCUGAGAAACUAUACUGGACAGUAAGAGAGAAACACUUACGCAGCCAAUAAUAGGAAGCUCCAUAUUUAAAUUUUGCUGGUGAGAAACCAGGGAAUCUGAAGAGAGAGCUAUCAAGGCAGAAAUAUUUGUUCAAAGUCUCCACACUGCACAGUUGUAUAUGGUUGGGUGUCUCCUCUGGGGAACAGCAUUGAUCACUCUGAGAAUUUCCCUUUCCUUCUUAAAUAAUUUGAGUACUUAUUGAGACUGAGGUUGUUCUGAACACAGAUACAGUGACAUUCUAUCUUCACAAUGGGACAGAUUCUCUGUGUGUUCACCAAGCAGAAAUCAAAAAUAUGAAAAGAGCUGACAGGAAAUGGGAAGUGCUGGGUGCACUGAGCACUGAGGUUGUGCUGGCUGAAAUCCUGGAGGUGUCAAAUGCGGGACUAUAGGUCUCACUCAGAGCUGGUUCCAGGUUGAAAUAUAAAAUUGUAAGUUAACGCUUAAACUGUCAAGUCUGUAUUUAAACCAUUCAUAAUCUAUCAUCGUUGUUAGCACUUCAUCUUCCUCAUUCACUUUGCUGUCCGUUGAAAUAUAAUGGAAUAGAAUGUGUGAAAGACUGGGUGUUGCAGAUCAACUCAUUUGGGAGAGAGGCCUGUUCAUGGACAAUUGCUGCUGUUAACAGGACAACCUUUCAGAUGCCCUUAGGAAGCUAAUAAUCAAUUGUUUUUAGAGUCUUAGUGUUUUGCUUUGCAUCUUGCUGGGAAUGUGUUCUCACUGUGAAAUAAAGAGGUGAUGCAUC